AGGGCGCGAUUGCAAAAGACAACAACAUGAAUGAAAUUGCUGCUAAAUCGGCGAGUACAAAUCUGUUUGUUGACGUUAUGGACAUGAUCGUAUCUAGGCCUUAAAAUUCUUGUCCGGCGAAUAUUUAUCAGUAUUUAGAAGAAUCUCGGAAGACAAGAAAUUUAGGUGGCAGAGUAGAGGACAAUGGACAAAGAAAAUCAGGACAAGAACGGAACAGAUACACAAUCCAAGAAACCUGGAACAAGAGUUUUCAAGAAAAGUAGUCCUAAUGGCAAGAUAACGACAUAUCUGGGUAAAAGAGACUUCGUUGACCACUUAACACACAUUGAUCCUGUCGAUGGUGUGGUGCUUGUGGAUCAUGAAUAUUUAAAAGACCGCAAAGUGUUUGCCCAUGUGUUGGCUGCGUUUCGAUAUGGAAGGGAAGACCUUGAUGUUCUCGGUCUCACAUUCCGCAAAGAUUUAUUCUUAGCCUCCAUGCAGGUGUACCCCCCGAUUCCAGAUGAACAAAAACCAUUGACACGUCUACAAGAACGAUUGAUCAAGAAGCUAGGCUCCAAUGCUUACCCAUUUUGUUUCCAGUUACCACAGAAUUCCCCGUCAUCUGUUACAUUGCAACCUGCCCCAGGGGAUACUGGUAAACCAUGUGGGGUUGACUAUGAACUGAAAACAUAUGUUGCAGAAACAAUAGAUGAUAAGCCACACAAGAGGAAUUCUGUAAAUUUGGCAAUUCGCAAGGUAACAUAUGCUCCGGACAAGACUGGGCCACAGCCAACGGCUGAAGAUAGCAAAGAGUUUAUGAUGAGUCCAGCACCCCUGCACCUGGAAUGUUCCCUGGAUAAAGAGAUGUAUUACCAUGGAGAAAGCAUUGCAGUUAAUGUUCAAAUAACCAACAAUUCCAAUAAGACAGUGAAGAAGAUACGAAUCGCUGUACGUCAGUUUGCUGAUAUUUGCCUUUUCUCAACGGCACAAUAUAAAUGUCCUGUCGCUGUAUUUGAGACGGAAUCUGCAACAGAUGGUUUACCCAUCAAACCUAGCCAAACACUUUCCAAGGUAUUCUACAUUACACCGCUGCUGGAUGACAACCGAGAUAAGCGAGGUCUAGCAUUGGACGGCAAGCUCAAACAUGAAGAUACGAACCUGGCAUCCUCAACCAUUUUGCGAGAAGAAAGUCAUAAAGAAAAUCUUGGAAUAAUUGUACAGUACAAGGUUAAGGUGAAACUAGUAGUGGCCUAUGGAGGGGAUUUGGCAGUAGAGCUGCCUUUCACCCUAAGUCACCCGAAGCCACCGGAGGAAACAGAAAUUCCAGCAGCAGCCACUAAUGAUGAGACAGCGACUCAAGAUACCAAGGACCAAGAUACAGAACCUGUUGAUACCAAUCUCAUCCAAUUUGACUCAAGUCAUGAUCCUAAUAACAGAGCAAACAAAUAUUGUGUUGGAAAGACGACGUCAUAUAACAUGGCCGCCAGCAGGCAUGAUCCUAAUAAGCGAGCCAACAAAUAUUGCGUGGGAAAGGUGAUGACAUGUAACUCGGCAGCCAGCAGUGUUGAACCAACUCGCCAGGAUGAAGAUGAUGAUUUGAUAUUUGAGGAUUUUGCUCGUCUUCGUUUGAAGGGAGUCGAAGGAGAAGGUACAGAGGCCUAACUUACUACUUGGACGAUGAAAUCAUGAUGCAUGCGGCAUAUCACUGUUAAUGCAACAACCAGCUGUCCUCUGCCAAUUUCAUCUAAAUUUUAAGGAUUUUAUCUUGAAAACUCAAUGUUUCAGUCAUAUUAUGUGAAUUUGAUGAAUAUGUUUAGAUGAGUUAUAUGCACGGAGGGUCCACAGGUGCUGCAAGUAACACACUUCUAUUUUUAUACCUAAAUGGUAAAGGUUAUAUGUUACAGACGACAUAAAGAAAUGAUGAGAUAUGUUUGAAUUAGUAUUGUUUCAAUGUAAAAAAAAUGAUUAAAAAUUCAAAAAAACAUAAAUUAAAUAAAAUAUUUGAAUCGUACUACAUGUUCAUACUCAUAUUAUAACUAAGAUUUCAAAUAUACUUUUUGCAGAUACAAUUUUAAUUUGCUUUUUUUUAUUAUUGUCAUAGUAACAUAUCGCAUUUGAUUUAUCAAAUAUUUUUUAAGCCAGCUUAAUGGUAUAUCAUGAGUAUGAAUUACAAUUUUUUUUUUUUUUUUUUUAAAUAAUAACACACAAGAAUUUGAUUUAACAAUUUUAAUUCAUCUCUAAAUCAUCUGUAGAGUUUAUACUUUCUUAAUAAUUAUUAGGGAUAUGUAUCUUUCAUUUACUAAUGGUGCAGUCAAUGAAUUACCGUAUGUAAAUUAAGUUGAAUUAGAGUCUUAAUUCAGAUAGAUAAUGAAAUUGCGAGCUCUGGAUAUUAAAGUGGUAAGAAAUUAAUGAGGUUUAAUAGUGAAUCAACCUAUGUGUGAUCACUUGCUGAUUGCUAUGGUACUUGUAUAGAGAGAAUUGUGCAUAUUUGAAUUGGAAUUUUCUUUAGAAUGUUGCCAUCAUUUAAAGUCAUUACAAGUUUGAGUUUUACUGCAUCUGUAACAAUUAUUGAUUAUUAAUAAUAAUCAUGUUAUUUAUUUAACAAAUUUAAUCUAUUUUUUUUGUCUGUUUAUAUAAGCAAUCUUGUAACAUGUAGUAUUAAUACUGUAAUAUUAUUAAUUAUUAAUGAUGAUAAUGAACAUAUGUUGUUUGUCAGUAUCCACCAGAAAGAUGCUCAUGCUACAGCCUCGCAACAGAUAACUGUUUCAAGACAUAGUUAUUACGAUAUAGUAAAGCGACUUGCUUCUCUGUUUUGAAUGUUUUAGUGGUGCUAAUUACCAUUCUCGUACAUUAUAGUAUAUAUAAUGAGUUAGAUAUAAUGUGUGUUUGUACACAUGUCUUGUUAUACAAGGGGAUGAUUUAUCUCCAAGCAAUAGUGUAUCCUAAUUCCAAGCACAUAUCCCCAAGAAAAGCUGGUAUUUUUUAACGAGAAGAUUUUAAAAUUUUAACUUUUUAUCAUAAAAAAAAAGAGAAAGGUUUUUGGAUGCAUUUAUAAAGAUCUUGUGGGAAGCUGGACAGAGUACAGGGUAAUAAAACUGGUGUGGCAAUUUAAAUCCAUGAAUAAUUUUGCUGCAUUAAGGCAGCAGCUGUCCUACGAAAAUGAGCCACCCUUCUCAGUACCUGUAUGUCGUAGAGGAAAAAAUAUAUAACUUUAUUUUCUACAUCAUAUGUAUAUUGCUGUUAAAUCAAUGUAGGCCUACUUUUGCCGAAAUUGACCCCAAUUCUCUUUGGGGAUCAGCGGGGUGAUGGUUAAUGAGAAGAGCCUAUAAUGUAGUAGAUCAACUCAGUAUUAUAGUAGAUAUACUAAAUGGGCGUUAGAAGUUUUAUGUUAGAUCUACACAGCGUAUUUCUUAUUCUUUAUUAAUGUUGACCUUCUGAUGGGAUUUUUUGGUGUACAGUAAAUUACCUGU